AAAUAUUCUCAAACGUAAGGCAACCGGAGCCUCGAGCUCGUAGUUUAAUUGUAAUUUCUUUAAAAUUUACGGUGAAUUUAGUGUAGAAAAGAGUAGAUUGAUCAUCAAUAAGGCAACUCGCAACACACAAGAUGUCAUCAAGUGCUGGAUCAAGUAGCAGCGGCGCCGGCGGACGACGAGGAGGAAGCGGAAAUUCAUCAGAUUCGACAGCAGCAAGUGCUCCAAAGCCAGAUACAAAAGAAUCCAAACCGAAUCCGAAAAUUUCAAAGGCACUCGGUACAUCGGCGAAACGCAUUCAGAAAGAACUCGCAGAGAUUACCUUAGAUCCGCCGCCAAAUUGCUCCGCAGGACCCAAAGGAGACAACUUGUACGAAUGGGUUUCGACAAUUCUCGGGCCUCCCGGAAGCGUUUACGAAGGCGGCGUGUUUUUCCUUGAUAUUCACUUUACGCCUGAAUAUCCAUUCAAACCACCCAAGGUCACAUUCAAGACUCGAAUUUAUCAUUGCAAUAUUAACAGUCAAGGUGUCAUUUGUUUAGACAUUCUCAAGGAUAAUUGGUCUCCUGCUUUGACAAUUUCAAAAGUUCUUCUUUCCAUUUGUUCACUAUUGACGGAUUGCAAUCCAGCUGAUCCGUUGGUUGGAAGCAUCGCAACACAAUAUCUGCAGAAUCGUGAAGAGCACGACAGAAUUGCUCGUCUUUGGACUAAACGUUACGCAACGUGAUUUACUCGCAACAACAAAAACUCGUUAAAAACGCAGCAGCACCCUCAUUUAUCAUCCUCUCAUCCCCCGGAAACUCAUCGAAAAUACGCAUAAACGUAAAAUUCAACUAUAUCUAACCAAUUAUUCAUCAACGUUCGUAAAUUAAGCUCACUCACUCACAAAAUAUUUAGUGUAACGAAAAAAAAAAUGAAGUAAAAAAAGCUAACCGGACUUCCAUCAAUCAUAAAAAAAUAUGAGAAAAAUAUUGAAAAAUUUAACAAUCAUCUAAGAAUGAUACAGAAAAUUGAUUUGUGAAUGACAUAAAUUUGAAAUGAAUGACGGUCUAAUUAUUUCUACAUUAUUUUUCUUUGUAUAAAGUUCAUUUUUUUCCAUAGUUAAUUACUUCAUUCAACUUUUUUUUGUUUAGUAGUGAAUAAAAAAAAUAUAUAUAAUUUAAGAAAAAAUUAUAAAAAAAAAUUAUUUGGAAACAACGUAAAGGAACGAAUCUCAGGUGAUGUCAGAGUCCUAUUAGUAAUUGAUUUUUGGAAUUUUUCUGAGUUUUUGAUAUGAAAAUGUUUGCCUAAAAAAAAAGAUAAGAUACAAAAAAAAUGAGAUAAGACAAAAUUUAAACUGAUAAAAAAAAGUAAUUAAUUAACGAAAAGAAAAGGAGUUUCAGCGGAAAAAAAAUUCUCAAGUCUUUCAAAAAGAUCCAAUUUGAGAGAUGUGAUAGUCGAGUAUACACAAAUUUAUUUAAAUUUUUUUAAAGUCUGAAUUCCUGAUUUCCUAUUUCUUUUUUGUUUUGCGUAUUCUUUAGUUUAGAGCUACUUAGUUAGUUUAUUAUAAUUCAGGUUUGUACAGAUAAAAAAAAUCAAAUCGCUGAUCGAUUAAUAAUUAUUAAAAACGAUCAGAAUUAAUUUUAAUUUUUACCUUUAAAUGUUCAGAGGAAAUUUUUUUUAAAGACUUUCUCUGAAAAAACGAUUGAUUUAAGGAACUUUUAAGAAAAAUACUACCUAAAAA